AUGGCUGAGCCGAGUCUGGACGGGAACAGCGCUGCGCCACGGACACCGCCAGGGGGAGCCACAGAGCCGCAGAGCCGCAGACAUACAGAGCCACAGAGACACAGAACCUUCACAAUAAAACACACGCGGUCUGUCGUGUACCCGCUCCUGAUCCGAGGAGGGCACCCCCUCUGCCCGAGGAUCAUCGCGUACGCCGCACUUUUCUGUUCUCUCAACGGCUUCCUUCAGAGCCACGCCCUCCUGCACUGCUCCGCCAAAGACCCGGACCAGGAUCUGGACCAGGACUGGGUCUCCAGCCUGAGGACCGGCGCAGGUCUGAGUCUCUUCGUCUUGGGGAUGAUCUUGAACAUUCACAGCGACAACAUCCUGAGGAACCUGAGGAAACCAGGAGAGACGGUCUACAAGAUCCCCCGAGGCGGUCUCUUUGAGCUGGUCUCGGGGGCGAACUUUCUGGCUGAGAUCCUGGAGUGGUUCGGUUUUGCUUUGGCGGUUUGGAAUCUCGCCGCGUUCAGCUUCUCCUUCUUCACGCUCUGCUCCAUCGGACCCCGGGCCCUCGGACACCACAGAUUUUACCUGGAGAAGUUUCCAGAUUAUCCCCGCAACAGAAAAGCCCUGAUCCCGUUUGUUCUGUGAGAGCGACUGUUAAACUUUUAUACAUUUCUAUUUUCUACAGUUUUACAAACAUGAUAAAUUAUAAUAUUUAUAUGGUGAAGUAUUUAUUUUCAAUGGU